CUCUCGAGGAGUCGCAGGCACCUGGUGAGGAGCUAACGGCUGUUUCCACACGUGGAGAACUUUUAAUGAACACGUGAGGGAAGGAGGCAAUGUCUGCGGAAAGUCUACCUCACAACUCUGGCGUCCGACUCCAACCCCCAGGGCGACAGCUAGUUCGAUGUGUUCCUGGGGUGGGGGUGGGGUGGUCUACGCCCCUUUCCAUUAGUGUCCCCUGCCCUCGGCCACAGGUUUUCUGAGAAGCUUUCUCAAGCAGUCCCCGCCCCAGGAGGCGGCCACACAGGCCACUUGCGCCUGCGCCUGCUCCCGGCGCCACACCGCGGGGGCGGAGCCGCCGAGGAAAGGGGCGUCUCUCCCGCCGUCGCGCGCAGGGCGGAGCCGUGGGGGCGGUGCGGCCGGGCGCCCAGAGACCUGACCUUACCGAACGCCGGGUCCCGUGACGUCACCUCGCCGUGACGCGCACGCUGUAGGAAAACUGAUUAAUUAAAAGGAUUUACUGUAUAUCUUAUGACUCUUUACUGGAGCCUUAGGAGAUAGCCAUAUUUAUUGAAGAUCUCAGAGAGUUGUGAAAGCAAAGACGACAAAAUGAACUGAGAUUUCAGAAAUGGAAGAGCCCGUAUGAGCUAAGAAUACUGACAGUCAUUUUUCCUAAGUGUAUUUGCCCAAAAUGGACACUGGCUAAAGAUCAAGCUUGCUAUGGAGAUAAAGAUGAAUGCCGUGUCUCAUCCAACACUGAAAAUUUGAAGCUUAGAAGACAUUUACUAAGUCACAUCACCUCAAGGACAUUGUUAUUCAAGUCAAAAACAUCAUAAUGCAGAAUUUUUUAUCAAUACCACCAAAAGAUCAACAAGGUGAGUCCAACAUCUCUUCUGGAACGAUUCAGAGUGGGAAAGGUUUGCAGAAUAAGAGUCAGUUUAGGACCAUUGCACCAAAAAUCAUGCCCAAAGUCCUGACAUCCAGAGUGCUGCCGUGCCCUUCAUCAUCACUCUCUGAUCAGGUGAAUCCAGGACCCUCCAUCAACGCCAAGCCUCUGGGGGUGCCCACCCAAAAUUACGCUCUGAUGCAGGUUGCUGGACAGGAGGGGACGUUUUCUCUCGUCGCUCUGCCACAUGUCGCCUCCGCUCAGCCAAUCCAGAAACCCAGACUGGCACUGCCUGAAAAUCUGAAGCUGCCUAUUCCUCGAUACCAACCCCCAAGAAAUAACAAAGGAUCAAGAAAGAAACCCACUCAGAGUUCCUCUGAGAGUGGUGCUGGCAUACCUCCUGCCCAAACCCAAACGUCCCCCUCCCCACCUGACCUUCCCAAACCCCCACACAGACCUGGUCAAUCAGAGCAAGUGCCGUCACUAGACCCAGGCCCGUCCAGCAUUAGCAUGGCGGCACUGACCAACCAUGGUGGCCCCGGAGACUCUCCACCCCCAGGGACCAACGACCAUGGAGAUCUGAACCCUUCUGCCACCCCGAUGGUAUCCACACCAGAAGAGCCCUCAGCCAAGCCGGGCCUCGCAGUGACUCCAGGGAAAGCAACCUUGGCGAGUGAGGAAACCUGCAGUAAACCUUCUCCCGUUGCCAGUGGGAAACGGAGAGAACAAGCUGAUCUUACAAAAGCCAUGACCAUUUUAUCACCAGCUGUUUUCAGCAGUGCAGUUCAGCUGAUCUCUCCAGUCCCCAGAGGUAAACUGCCCAUCCUGCCCUAUGCCAGAGGGAGAACAGCGGAGGUGUGUGGAGGCCAGUCAGACGUGAGCCUCACAGAUGGCUCUGUGCCCGGGCUCAGGGCAGCCUGUAGUAAGGCAUCCUCCAUCCCAGAGGGCUUUACUGCAGCCACCAAGAUGCUCGGCAAGACACCUGCUCCACAGAGCCCCUGUGAAAGUACCUUUUGUGCGGCCACCAGACCAGAUCUCAGCCACAAAGCAAAACUCAGUGGUGGGGCAGCAAAGAGAAGAGUGAGAAAACGAAAGGUACCAGAUGAAAUUUUGGCAUUUCAGGGAAAAAGGAGGAAAUGUGUCAUUAGUAAGUGUAAAGAUAGUAAAGAAAGAGUAAAAGCCGAUCCGCAAGAAUCCAGUGACCAAAAACCAGGGUCUCUGAAGAAAUACCGCAGCAUUAUGCCCAAGCCUGUGAUUGUCGUGUCUGCUUUGGCUCCCCUGGCUUCUCCUGCAGGCGUGUUCCAGCCCCAGACACCAGGCAGCCUCGGGCAGGACAUGUUGUUAAACAGUCCCCUCAGCCCUAAGUAUCCCGGCUGUAGGCAGGAUAGCGGCACCUCCCCAAAGCCCGGCUCUGCGCUGAGAAACGGACUCUCGGGCAUUAAGAAACCGUGGCACAGGUGUCACGUCUGUAACCACCACUUCCAGUUCAAACAGCACCUUCGUGACCACAUGAACACACACACUAACAGACGGCCUUACAGCUGCCGAGUCUGCCGCAAGGCCUAUGUACGUCCCGGCAGCCUGAGCGCACACAUGAAACUCCAUCACGCGGAGAACCGUCUGAAGAAACUCGUGUGCUGUGAGUUUUGUGCGAAAGUGUUUGGCCACGUCAGGGUCUACUUCGGCCACCUAAAAGAAGUGCACCGGGUUGUCAUCAGCACGGAGCCUUCCCCCAGCGAAAGGCAGCCAGGGGACGUGUCAAAGAACAGAGGCCUGACCACGCGAGGGCCGGAGGGACCUGUGGAGAGGGAAAACAAGUCAAGCCUAGAAGAAGACCUCCUCCUAACCCAGGCGGACGAAGUCAAAUUACAAAUCAAAUGUGGCCGUUGUCAGAUCACUGCCCAGUCUUUUGCUGAAAUCAAGUUUCAUUUACUUUACGUUCACGGAGAGGAAAUUCAGGGCCGGCUGCAAGAGGAGAUCUUACCGGGAAGCACAGGAGCUCAGGAAGAACUGGUGAAACACACCGCUCCUUUCAGGAAACAACAUCCUGAGAGAAGGAGGCUACUCAAGCGUGCUCCCCCUGAUGAGGACUUAAAUGCAUUUCCUAAGCUGAAAAGGCAGCUGUGCCUUCAUCAUCACGCUGAUGUGGACAGGUUCAGGAAAAUGGAGGGAGCCCAAGCGGGACCCAGGGAGCCGCUGCCAGGGGCGGUCCCCCGAGGCUCUGCGAGUCCCAGCCCCCACACUCUCCUCUUUGGGGACCGUUCAGGAUUUAACUGUGUCCUCUGUGCACAGACGCUGGCCAGGAAGGAAGAAGUCCUCCAGCACUGGGAACAAGAGCACAACUGUGAGGACCCUCCCAAGCUGUGGACAAUUUUAAAUGCAUUCUCUAGCCAGGGGGUGACCGGACCUCCCGGGGAGACUGAGAAAUGAAAUCUUGGGGGUGGGGGUAAAGAGAAUGCUGCUUGCUUGCUGUCUCUUUCUCUCAAAGCCCUGCAUUUUUAUGGUGGUGCUUAAUUAUAAAAGUCAGACAAAUUAGGAUCAGCAUUAAUGAGCACAAGUGAUUUUUGUACAUAGUUUUAUUUUCUUACAAAAUAUAUAUAUAUAUAUAUAUAUAUAUAUAUAUAUAUAUAUAUGCCUUUGGUGUAUAUUUUUCUAACCAUAUGCAGUUCUACUUUAAAAGUCCUAUGUACUAACCAUUAAUGUCUUAGACUUUGAGAAUAAAGAAAAAGACCAAAAUUUGGCAAUUGAAAUGUAAAAAAUUAUAUAGGCUGUUCUUCAAGUACAGUGUUCAGCGUGUUUGAGCGUGCGCAUAUAUCAUUUUGUUCAGCUGUUUGCUGUUUAAGUAGACGGACAAAUGUGAGCCAGGCCAGUCUCAGCCACACGUAUGGUGUUGAUAUUUAUCAAAUUCUCUGGUGUAUUUGAAUAGGCUGUAGAGCAGUACAUUUAAUAAGGUUCUCAUCUACCAUAAUUUAAAAUUCCAUGUUUCCUGGAUUUUUUCCAAUAUUUUUGCUAUUUUCUUAAAUGUACGUUGCCUUGAAGAUUAGAUGUUGGUAAGUCUUACAGCUGUAGUGUUCCAUAUCAAAGUAAUCAAGCAUUUUUUAGUACUUCAGCUAAUAAAAAACCACUUUUUGGUUAAAAGUUCUUCUCAAAUAGUCUUUCGGGCCAGGAAAUUUACAACCUGGAAAGUGUGCUAGACAGUUCAGCCCAGAUGGCUAGGUGUCUGAACCGCUCGCCCUCCCUCCCAAGGAGCUUCACAGGGUCAUCGCUAGCUGAUCAAUUUUCGAUGUAACUGUGCCUUUCAAGCCCAGGGUUCUCUUUGAAAGCCAAGAGUAAAUGAUUGCCUCUUAAAUUCCUGGGAACCAGAAAAGUUGCCACUUGGAGCUCCUGGACAUCCUGGCUGCAAAAUCAUUUUCUUAGAAUGGGGGAGUUUAAACAGUCGUCCAGCUGAGGUUCCAGCCUCUGGGUGAAAGUACUGUGCAUGUGGCCAGCCCCGUCUGCCUGAAGCACGGCCCAGGCGUCGUCACAUGUUUCUGUGCUACAGGAAGUUGCCGAACCAGGAAGAACUGAAUUCGAAUUGAUAAGCUAGUGGGUUUUAAGUCAUCUUUUUUUUUUUUUUUUUAAUGUCUUAUUUUAAAAGAAAGUGUUCAUUAGCACGAUUUGGCUCAAAUUUUCCAGAAAGUCAAUUCUUGACUUUUUGCAAAUAGUUUUAUAAAUUUGAGACUAUGAGGGUAGGCGUGGAAAUCUCUGAAAGACUUUGCUGCCGUGGUGUGUCGAUCAUCGUGCUUUACCCAGUUUGAAAGAGAUCAUAUCAGACCUUCACUG